GGUUCAUUGUUGUUGUUGUUCGCUCUCCAUCCUUUCCCCGCCUCUCCGCCGCCCCACCCUCACCCCUCGCUGCAAUGUCGGCGACAUCGUCGGCAUCGAUCACGGCGGUGUCAGCGUCGCCCGCAGCAGCACACGACAGCGACCCACCAAAUGUCGCGCAGCUGCGGUACUCGAGCAUCGACCUGUCCACCCUCCCGCGCGACUUUCUCGAGUCAUACCCGUACCCCGCGUUUGUGCUCGUCGUGCCAAUACAGCUGGCGGACGGCCUGGGCGACGCGGCUUCCAGCUCGUCAAGCACGCCGCUGGCGCCCACGUCGUUCGCCCGCCUGCACCCCUUCGUGCCGGUGUGGACCAACAAGCGGUGGCGGCGGCUCGCGCGCGGGCGCUCCCUGCUCGACUGCCUCUCCCUGCGCAGCAUGCGCUCCCUCGGCGACUGGGUGCAGGGGCGGGACGACGCCGACCUGCGCGACACAUUGCCACUCGGCGCACUGAGUUUGAACACUGGCCCAAGUAGCAUCCGUGGUAGCUCGAGAGCCGGCGUUAUGAGCAGGAGCGGCAGCACUGGGUCAAGCCAACAGGCCGCUUCGCUGGGGAGCAGCGGGCCGAAGAGCUACUCGGCGUUCGGUGCGCAGAGCACGGGCGACGUCGAGGGCGGCUCAUUCUCCUUCUCUAGCGACCCGUCCGACUUGCUCGAAGCCGACCGCGCAGAAUCGACCCUCACCCUCGACUUUAUUCUGACGGCGACGCCCAUCACCCUGCAGCUCUCGCGAACAGUGAGGCCGCUGUACCAGAUGCACAACGGGAACCGGAUGCUCAGCAAGACGAACCGUUUUGUUGUCGUCACCACUGUGCCGGUCGUGGAGCCAUUGUUGCCCGCUCCAGAGCGCCAGGCGUCAAUGGACACAUCACCCCAGUUGUCGGUUUACGCAAUGGGUACGCCGCAGAGGCGACACUCACUGCGAUCACUCGAUGACGACCGGAGCCCGAUGGGCUCGAACGCUUCGCCGGGCACAUUGGCCAGCAUAUCACCAAUGGCCACGCCAAUAGCGACGGCACCCGAGCCCUCACCAAGCCUGUUGAACCAGGCUGGCCAGCGGCUCGGGCAUGGAACAGUGCCGCCAGUAGCGAGUCCCCCACUCGUGUCCCAGUUCCCCCCGGGAGGAGUGCUCGAAACGCACAAGGAGGACGUGGUCAAGGACAUGUUGCCGCCCGACUGGGUCGAAGGCCUGCCCGUAUUCUUCGCCAACGGAAGCUCCUGGGUGCCACGGCCGCCACUCACGCAGCCUGGGAGCCACGAAACGGACGGCACUCCGCACCGAUCACAGAAUGUCGAGAAGCUCAUCGAGACGCUGGACUGGUCAAAGACGCCCCUUGGGCCCCGGGAGGGGUGGCCCGAGAGCCUGACCUCGAUCCUCACCCUCAUCAUGAACUAUCCCAUCCCCGCGUGCGUGUGGUGGGGCGAGGAGCUCACAAUGAUCUACAACCAGUGGUAUGCGGGGAGCAUUAUUGACCACCCGGAGGCGUUUGGACAGUCCGGGACUGCUGCCUGGGAGAAAAUCUACCGCAUCAUCGGGCCUCUCACCGAGGUGGUCCUCCACGGGACUGCAAUCUUCAACUCUGAAGUUCUGGAGACGUGGAAGCAGUACGAGGACGAGGUGCCGAAGGAGUCGUACAUCAUGUACACGUUCAUCCCCCUCAAGUCCGCCGAGGGUGUCGUGUCCGGUGUCUUCCAAGCUGCUCUCGAUCGCACCCCGGACAUCUUAGGAGCAAGGAGGAACCAUGUGCUUCACGAGGUGGCCAAGUCACUCUCUUUCACGUCCACGCGUACCGAGUUCGACACCAAGCUGCUCGCCGGUCUGGAAGAAGACCCAAAGGACAUUCCAUUCGCCAUGAUAUAUGAUGUGGAGCACCACCAGGACUAUCCAAGUGACACAGGCAAGCCGGAAGAGCGGUCAACGGGCGAACGGUACACGCGGUACUGGUACAGUGGCGGCUUUGGCGCCGCGGAGGUCGGACAUCGCGGCGUCCCAGAGCAUGCUCUCGUGGCACUGGAGCCCCCCGGCUCGCGCCGCCCGUCACAUACGCCAGUGUUCGAGGAAGACGCAGAGAUCGAUAGGUGGCCAUUCGAGGAGGCUAUGCGCACGCAAAAGCCCGUCCUCGUGCCCAACUGCGCCAAGCUCAUCGAGGGCUUCCCCAUCCGCGUGUGGGACGAGCUGCCAACCUCUGCCGUGCUUCUUCCCCUCGCGCGGCAGUCGGAGGACAGCACUCCGGCGUCCAUCCUCGUCAUCGGCCUGAGCUCGCGCCUGACCUAUGACCAGGCGUACGAGGAGUUCUUCCAAUCCCUCGCGCUCGUGCUCAGCGCCUCGCUCUCGAGUGUGCGCUCGCGCGAGGCCGACACUCAGCGCCUGGCCGACCUCGAGGCGCUCAGCCGCGCCAAGAGCAUGCUCUUCUCCAACCUUUCGCACGAGCUCUUCACCCCACUCACGCUCAUUUCCGGUCCACUGGACGACUUGGCUGAGAGCCUUGAAGACGACGAGGAGCCCCUAGACGCCAAAAAGGUCAAGGGCACGCUGGAUUUGGCGCGCAAGCAUGUCGGCAGCCUCACGCGCCUGGUGACUAUCAUCAUGGAUGCCAGCACGCUCGAGGCGGGCCGGACACAGCCGACCUUCCAGCGCCUCAAUUUCGGCAACUACAUCCUUGAGACGGUUUCCGUGUUCCGUGAUAUUAUCACGGAAGCCCCCGAGAUCCAGUUCACAAUCGACGUUGACACGGAGCCUCACGAUGUUUACCUCGAUCGCGAGACGUUGGAGAAGCUGCUCGUCGUGCUGAUCGGCAACUGGUUCAAGUUUACGAAGAGAGGAUCGACGCGUACUUCUCUUCGAUACACUUCGAAGGAAGCCGUUCUUACCAUCGAGGGCACGGCGAUGGCCGACGACGCAGAUGGGGGACUGACCCGAGCCGAACCCGUCAAGCCGCACGAAGUGGCCAUGGAUAGCGGAGAGCGCAGCUUGAUCAUCAACUACGCGAGGAAACUCGUCGAGCUACAGCGCGGUGAAUACGAGACUGAAACGACCCAAUCUGCCAACGCCACAACCGAGACGCACAUGAUGCGCUUCCACCUGGGCACAUCGCACCUCCCCAUCGAUGCGAUCGACUCGUCUGGCGCGGGCGGGUUCAGCAAGCAAGCGUCCGCAGGAAGCGACUUCAUGGUUGAGAUCCGGCGCUGGCGCCGCGAGUGGCUGAGCAGUAUGGACAUUGGCAAGUCGUUGUCCUCGACGGAUCUGGGCACCGGGCGAGGGCCAGAGCCUUCCAUGACGUCGUUGCAUCCCGACGACGUGAUCAUGGUCGUUCAUCAUAUCAAGGAUACCCGCAAGUACAUGCGCCGAAUUCUGGAGCGAUACUGUACCGUCACCGAGGCGGUUGACGGACAGGACGCGAUGGACAUCUGGAACAAGAACCCUCCUGAUCUGGUGAUCGCCGACGUGACCAUGCCACGGCUCAACGGCUAUGGAUUGCUGAGUGCCUUGCGUAGCGGCACGCGUGAGCAGCAGAGCGUGCCGUUCAUCAUCUUGACUGCACUGGACGACGAGCGGCCGCGAGGCGGGCAGGGUGCCGACGACUACUUGACCAAGCCGUUCAACGCGACGCAGCUGGUAUCGCGAGUGCAGACACAACUGCAGCUUGGACGAAGAAGCCGAACGCUCGAGAACCUCUACAGCCAACGCACGACAGAACUGCGCAUGCUGACGGAGCACGCGCCUGUCGGCAUCUUCCGCAUGACGCACGACGGCUUCAUCUCGUACUGCAACCCAGCUUAUUACUCCAUCUACGGGCUGCCAGCGACGACGAUUGGCUCCGACUGGGCCGAAGGAAUUGCAGACGGCGACCGAGAGCGGGUAGUCGGGCUGUGGACCGAGUUCGCCAGCUCGAAAAACGAGAGCGUGACCAUGGAGUACCAGUGCCUGCACAGCGGGCGGUGGGUCUCCGAGACGUCGAUCAAGGUGAACAAGAAGGACGCUGGAGUGUUUACCGACUUUAUUGGCUGUAUUGUCGACAUUACCGCUCGCAAGCUCAACGAGGACCUCCAAGCGCAGCGCGUGCUAGAGGCCGAGAAGCGGCGCGCCGAGGCGGAAGAGGCUCGCGAGCAGCAGGAGCUGCUGAUCGACAUUACGUCGCACGAGAUCCGCAACCCCAUCAGCAGCCUCAUGCAGUGCUCCGAGCUGGUGAAAUCCAACCUCCAGAGCCUGCAGGAGCAGCUCACCGACGUGCUCGACCAGGGCAAGAGCUACAACCCUACCCGCCAGCUGCUGUUCACCAUCAGCGAGGACCUGGACGCGCUCGAGAGCAUCUACCAGUGCGCCCUGACGCAGGAGCGUAUCUGCAACGACGUUCUCUCGCUCGGCAAGGUCCACCUCGACAUGCUCCAAAUGUACGACGUCGAUACGGAUAUCCGCAAAGAGGCGGCCAAGAUCCUCGCCGUGUUCCAGAACGAGGCGCGCAUGACGCGUACCACGCUCGAGGUCGAGUACGCCGACAGCUUUGACGAGCUGGGCUUGCAGAACAUUAUGACGGACCGUGUGCGGCUGGGCCAAGUGAUCACAAACUUGGUCUCGAACGCGGUGCGAUUCACUGCCAACUCUCGUGGGUGUAAAGGAGCUUGCGGACCUGACCCACCAGCCGUCCGCCAUGUCACCCUGUCCCUCGACAUUGGUCUCUACCCGCCCGUCGACGAGUCGUGCCUCAAGCCGCCCGACCUCUCCUCGCCCGCCGAGGACCGGCGCAACCUCACGCAAGACUCGCCAAUCUACUGCUACUUCUCAGUCAAGGACACGGGGCCGGGCAUGACGCCCGACGAGCUCGAGCUUCUCUUCCAGCGCUUCUCGCAGGCGUCGGCCAAGGUGCACACCGUGUUUGGCGGCUCAGGGCUGGGGCUGUUCGUGUGCCGCAAGAUUGUCGAGCGCAUGGGCGGGCGCAUCGAGGUCGUGUCCGACUAUGGCGUCGGCACCGUGUUCCGCUUCUUCAUCGAGGCGCACCCUGUGCUUCCCGAGAUUGAAGAGCUGAUCAUCACGCCGAGCCUGGCAGAGGACGACGAGCUGCCGGAGAGCUCCACCUCACCUCUGUCGCCGCCUCUGCCGGCGGAGCCACAGUUCAAGCGCAACAGCCUCAAAGACCGCUCGCUCGAGCCCGCGCCAAAGUACACCCCGCACGUGCUCGUCGUUGAGGAUAACCUCAUCAACCGCAAGCUGCUGGUCCGCCAGCUUAAGCACGUCGGCAUCACGGUCGACAGCGUCGUCAACGGGCUCGAAGGGCUGGAGACCGUCGCCAAGGCCAUGGCAGUCGACGGGCCCAGCUCGGGGCGAUACGACGCGGUCCUUAUGGACCUCGAGAUGCCCGUCAUGGGCGGGCUGAUGGCUACGCGGCGCAUUCGAGAGCUGGAAGAGCAGGGUGUGCUCGUGCCGUCCCAUGUGAUUGCACUGACCGGCAACGCCCGCCAGGUGCAAGUCGACGCCUCAAUGGCCGACUUCAACGCCGUCCUCGUCAAGCCGUACCGCCUCGACGAGCUGCUGCGCAACAUUGACGACAUGGUCAGGCUGCGUGGUGCGGAAGGCGGAGACGGCGGCAAUGAGGGGAGCGGCAAUGUACCCCAACCACCACAGGUUGUAUAG